CCACGGUCGGGUCGGGUUGUAUGUGGGGGGCGGUGAGUGUGUAAGUAGGAGAGAUUAAAAUAGUGUUUAAAUUUGCUUACAGACUUUUAAAUCGGAUUAUGAUCGUUGUGUAGUAAUGGCCGGAGUAACGGUAAGGAACUUAUCAAUCAAAUCGUUUUCUUUAAUGACAUAAUCACAAGCAGACGUGAUCGAAAUGUAAUUAUAAGAUUUAAGUUUAAGUAGUAGGUGUUCAUAUAUAUAUAGAAUUUGUGAUACGGUAUAAAAUAUGUAGAGAAUUUGUGCUAUGGUAUAAAAUAUGUAGAGAAUUUGUGCUAUGGUAUAAAAUAUGUAGAGAAUUUGUGCUAUGGUAUAAAAUAUGUAGAGAAUUUCUGCUAUGGUAUAAAAUAUGUAGAGAAUUUGUGCUAUGGUAUAAAAUAAGUAGAGAAUUUGUGCUAUGGUAUAAAAUAUGUAGAGAAUUUGUGCUAUGGUAUAAAAUAAGUAGAGAAUUUGUGCUAUGGUAUAAAAUAUGUAGAGAAUUUGUGCUAUGGUAUAAAAUAUGUAGAGAAUUUGUGCUAUGGUAUAAAAUAUGUAGAGAAUUUGUGCUAUGGUAUAAAAUAUGUAGAGAAUUUGUGCUAUGGUAUAAAAUAUGUAGAGAAUUUGUGAUAUGGUAUAAAAUAUGUAGAGAAUGUUUGCGUAUGGUAGUUUAUUUUUAUUCUAGAGGGUUGAGGUGGGUUGGUCUGAUACGAUUUUCUGUGUAAACGUAUACAGACAUCUACAACAGUGGUUCUCAACAUUCCUAAUGCCGCGACCCUUUUCUCUGAUGGUCGUAGGCAACCCCUGUGUAAGGGUCCUUCGCCCCCCAACCCCCCCCCCAAAGAUGUCCGACCCACAGGUUGAGAACCGCUGAUCUACAACAUCAUAUUUUUAGACCUAAGUUUAUUUCAUUUGAUGGUAUGGUACCCUUCUGUAAGGCUUUCGUCACCCCCUCCCCGACCUUAAGUCUUUCAAAAGGACUAUUACUUGCUGUCUGUUGCUAGUAGAUGUGUUUACAUUAAAAGCCAGUCAAGUCAAUCACUGACUGCCACAUAACGCAGGGGCUGCCACACGACGAUGACUGGACGUCUCAACACAAAAACUUAAAUAACGUGUUUGGUUUUGAUGGACUAGUGACCGGCUCCCACCCAAUUAACAGUAGUAUAACUUAAAAGUGUCCGAGUCCCAGUUCAGAUGCAAUGAAGUUCAACGGACGUACGUACACGGGGGGCGGGGGGUGGGAGAGAGCUAUCGACCUAUCGACCCACUAGGAGUUCAUCAAUCGUUUAUUGACCCCCCAAGUCUAGCAGCGCUGGUGAAACAUCUUUUUCAUGACAAUUACAAUGCAUGACGACACACAGAGGAGUAGCGAGGGGGGGGGGAGGCGCAGGGGGAACGGAUGUCCCCGGGCGCAAGCUAAUUACGGGCGCCAAAAUGUGCUUUGAUAUUAUAUUAUUGGUAAAAAAUAAUGGGUUUGAGAUUUAAAAAAAGAAAAGGGGUGCUUUAAAAUGGAUCUUGUCCCUGGACCCCCAAACACCCUCGCUACGCCUCUGACGACACACACUGCGGCGCUUACACGCACACAUACACAAGUCUCAUUUGACAACAUACACUGACCGUCCACCACGCGCAUACUCAAUUGUCAUGCACCUUAAUUUAAUUUAGACAUAUUUCCAAAAUGUGUCCAAAAUGUGUCCAAAAUGUGUCCAAAAUGUGUCCAAAAUGUGUGUUAUUUCAACUGCAACGUGACCGAACAACCAGAAGCCAACGCUUGAGUUUUUUAGAAAUGAUGUCAUUAUUUCAAAACUUUGAAAUAUCAUUUUUCUAUGUCAAAUUUUUUAUUUUAUUUCACUAAGCUGGUGAAAUGGUCUACUAUAUAAAUAUAAUAAAAAAUACACAAUUCUCUAUGUGACAUUGUCACUAACGCUACCAGAUGGCGCUGAUUGCCUUAAAAUAAAAUACCCGAUAACUGCGCUAAAUGAGAUUCAUAAAAAUACCACAAAUGCUUAAUAUAUUUUCUUUAAAAACAGAAAUAGUCUCAAUUUAAAUAUGGUGUUACAAAUCUGCGGUAUAAAACGGUAGUGGGGAAACUAGAAUAUUAAUAUAGAAGAGUGGCGUGGAAAAAACGGUAGUGGGACACUAGAAUAUUAAUAUAGAAGAGUGGCGUGGAAAAAAAAGUGUGUGGUGGUGAACCCGGCGCUACUAAUUUAGGAUGCUUAUAAAGUGCGUAACUUGAAUGCUUGUUUAGUCAAGUACCGUAACAUUAGAAGAUUGGAAGUUCACCCAUUGCUGCCACCGUGUUUGGCGAACUUCAGCUAGUGUGUGUGCGCGUGUGUGUGUGAGUAUACUUAUUUAUAAACGAUCGAUCCCUCCGAAUUUUGUCCAUUUAAAAAUACUUUAAAAGAUAUGAAACAAGUCUAUAGUGCUCUAACAAUUAUCUCUUUCUUUUUUUUCCAGAUAAGAAAUGCGUAUAAACUCAACGAUCGGUGGCCUUAAGAGGUCUGGAAACAUCAGCGCCCCCCCUACCCCCCUACUGGUUUAGGAAAACAUUUUCCCCUUCCUUUUGAUCCUCUCUGAAAAUGUCCAUCGUGGAAAGCGAGUUGUCUGCUUCAGCCGGGCUACCCUUUACGUUUCACAGACGGCGCAAAAAGCUGAGCGAGAUGUUCAAGAGCUCCUACUGUAACUGGACGGGAGUCGCAGCCAGCGAGCUUGAAGUUGCCAGACAGCGAUCGGGGCAUCGCCUCGGGGAGCGCGAGACGACUCUCCACGGAUUCUACGUCAAACUGGAUCACCGGGGCAGGGCGGUACACUCUGAAAACCUCACCGUUCAUUUUUUCCGGUGGGGCGAAGGUGAACUUUCGUACACCGUGCAACCACACGACGAUCAAAAAGGGGCCGGUCUUCAGUAUCUGUGGACCGAGCACGGGAAAUGGGUGAAACUGAAAGCAGUCGCGGCCAGGGCUUCUAAAGAAAGCCCAGAGAAAAUCCUCCAACCCACGAAAGCAUCCGGACACAAAAGGAAAGGCGACUCUUGCGUUGUUCGGUGGAGUAGAAAAGGGCGGAAUGGCUAUUUACGUUGUCCAAAUGUUGACCUCGGUCCCGAGGGAGAUUCGAACGAGAUGUCAGGUGGUGGGGAGGCUGAUGAAGAAGAUACCGAGGAUGGCGAUGUUGAUGAAAUCGUCUCCGGUUACGACCAUAUCAAGAUGAAUUACAAUAUUCACAACGGGAGAUCGUACUACCACAACGAAAGCAUCUGCUACAAGAGACCCGGCUGCUACAAGCGAAAAGACAGCUACUUCAACAAAGGGAAAAGGAAACGCAAUGCGGGUGAACGUUAUGAGGACAGUCCGACUCGUGGACACCGCGCAAUCAAGUCGAUCAACUGUUGCGCCAAGAACUAUCUGCUGGGCCGAUCUGUCACGAGCAGAAACAGCAAGCGCUGGAAGCAAGGCGUGGAGGCUAUGAAACACGAAUCCACGUCAUCUUCGUUCGAGGGCUGUUACGAAUACGGUGAGUGGGAAACUUAUUUAGAGAAUGGCGAUGAUUGUGGGGGUCGAGCCCGUCCUGACAAUCUCACGCUUGGCCAGUUCUGCUUGACAGACGUGACGAAACGGCCCAGAAGGGGCGUCAGAAUUAGAUCGGAGCAUGUUCCUUUGAAUGAUGAGAACUUUUCUGCAAGCACUAAUGAUAUUCAUUCAGCAAAUGAUCUUUCUUUAACGAAACUACAUCAUGAUGCUGUGCAUACAAGCUCAAAGGUGGGCGAAGAUUAUGACAAACGCACCACAGAUGAACCGAUCGGAGAGGACAGUGUGGACACGCAAACUAGUCAAACAAUCAAAGCGGACAAACGUCCAACAAUACCUACCUCAACUCAGGACACACGGGGUAAAGAGUACGUCACGGUUCUGUUGAGCCGGGCCACGACACGCCCGGACUGUCUCGUGACGGAAUUCAGGCAGGACUAUCGGGAGGGGGCCUGCAAGCCCAGGAGAUUUGCCAUCAACAUCUCGCGUCUCAUGUACCAGCACGUGAUACUCAGAACUCGGCUCCGAAUCAGAGCCGUCCCCAAACUGGACAUGUCCACGUACCUCGUGUUUGCUUUCUCGGGGGAGUUUCCGUCGGGGCAAGACGAGUACCGGGUGUGGGUCAACUCCGUCUGGUCAAAUUCACCAGCAGGGCAAAUGCUCAGAAGUUUUGCCACAGACCACAAGGUGGCGCGGAUACAUGAACUGAUUGAGGAUGUCGUCAGAGCUGUGGAUGAAGUUGAUAUAAAACAGCUGCGCGCGAGAACGGGAAGCCUUCCCGCGGAGGUGAGGCAACGUCCCGUGUGCCUGUUCAACAUGCUGGUCACCGUCGCUCGCUGGGAGACGGACAGUUUUUGCCUACCCCACACUUCGGAGUGGUGCGAUAGGGAGUCGGAGGCUCGUGCGAGGAAGGCGGACUCUCCCGAGAAGAUUCUAGGCGAUGUCAUGGCAUUGCUUGAUGAAAAGAUCAACGACUUCAGUCAAUGUACCAGCCGGGGUCCUGCUAAUGCCUACCUCUGCGGCAUUUGUCUUCUGGACUUCAGCUCAAAAGACCGCGAAGGACAACCUCUUCCUUUAGCGCUGACCAGCUGCAGCCACUGGUUCUGUGAGGACUGCUGGAGGUCAAAGGUCGUGAUACAGUUGAAGCGAGGACGGCGGCCGUGUCACGUUGACUGUCCUGAAAAAGACUGCCGGGGCCGCAUGGACCCCGUGACGACGUUAUCGCUGAUGCGGGUCCACGAUAUCAGGCGCAUGAACCAAUUUAAAGUAGACAACUACGUUGUGACUUCUCCGCUUGUCAAGAUAUGUCCAAAUGCUUCGUGUGGACGAAUCCUCUUCGCCAAGCCCCAAGCCCAGGCAGACAAAUCCACACUCAUCGUCACGUGCGCCUGCUCUUGCCAACUCUGUUUCAAAUGUGCGCGCGCACCGCACUGGCCGUCCUCGUGUGAGAUGUCCGACAGAUACCACAACCUUAUCAGCGAAAGCGGUGAAGACAUUUUGACUCGCACUCUCCUCGACGGCGAGUUUCCGGAAGUGGUGUCACGGGGCAAGAACUGUCCAAGGUGUCGGAUGUUCAUUCAAGAAACGAAUAAUUUAAGAUUCGUGACCUGCGCGUGCGGCUGUCAGUUUUGUUGGCCGUGCGGGAAGGAGAUAAACGGAUCGGUCGUGCCGCACACACGCUGCGUGGAGGUCUUCGAACAGUCAGAUAAGGUCCUGAAGGAGAUAAUACUCAACGGCAAAAUGGAGCUGGAAGACGCCCAGAGCUCAAGAUGGUACAGGACAGCGCUGACACACAGAAAGAUGCGGCAUCCGGAAGUUGUCAUCGCUAUGUACGCCAUGGCGGACACGACCGCCAAGUCGAUCGCCAGCUCGGCUCAAAACGGACGAUACGUCGGUGGCGUCGAAAGCGCUGUCAAAGGCUGGGGUAAAAAUCUGACGAAAUGGGCGCGGGAAAAUUAUGACAAUUUACACUCCCCGAAUACGAUAUCAGCGCCCGUGCUUGGGCAUCAAGGCGAAGAUAAUUAUCGAAGGUCUCCUCGUCCACUCACGUCCGCUUCGUCCAAUCGAUCGGCGUCAUCUUUCUCCAACGACCCACCAGACUCGGAUUUCAGUAUCGCCGCGGCCACUUACAACAUCGUGCAAUCGAAGCUUGAACUUCAUCACAUCGUCGAGUACACGUCCGUGCUACUGUCCAACUCCCUGCACAUACCUAGUCGGCUCGUGCAGUCCUUGGAAAGAGCGGAAGACAUCUGCACGACGUUGGGCAUUCUGCUGCAGAGCUCUAGUGCCCAAAACCCCAGACAGAUCAUCCCCGCGUUUCUCAGGGUGCAGCGCCAAGCAAUCAACACUAUUGGAGAUAUUGUUUCGUUCCUGGAGAAAGUGCCUUCCGGUGUUUUUGGGUUGGAUGAAAAUUAACAGAUUGCGGUUUACAGUCCACAGGUGUACAGUUUUAUCAACAUUGUAGAUAGUUAAUAAAAAAUAAAGUAAUUACACCAGGAAGAUCGUUGCUAGAACGCUAUUGUUUGACACAUAUUUUAGAAGACUCAGAAAGGCCCCAACUGGCCUACAUCUAAAUAGACUUAAAUAGUAGGCAUGUAUCUAACGCUUUAUCUGCCUCGGCACGGUCGGUACCUUAUUGACUCCUGGCUAUGCUAAUAAUUAGCAUACAAAAAGCAAAUAGG